UCAGAGCGGCGGCCGCAGCGCAGCGACUCUCUCGCGCAAAAGUAAGACUGCGCGCGCCGAGUACAGACCGGAAGAGAGUUUGUUUCAGACACAUACACAAGAGCGAAUCGGCCUCUAUCUCGAGUAGUACAACUAUUUUAUUAUUUGUUUAUUUCGGUUUAUUUGCGAUUUUCUUUCGAGUUCGACGUCGAUUAAUUCGGCGCCGUCGUCAGCGUCUUUUGGAAUUUUUCUAGUGUAUUUUUUGGUGUUGUUUUUGCAAAUUAUUCGUCAUCCUAGCGGAGAUUCGUUUUAAAAAAUUCGAACCAAGACAAGACACAAGAGAGCGAUACAUAUGCAGAAAAGUGUUUGGCUGUACAUGUGAGUGCGACGUAUAUAGUGGGUCCUUGAGAAGUAAAAGUGCGCCAAGGCCUCUUUCUCGGCUCUUUUCACACUCUCUUACUAUCUCUCUCGGAUUUAGUUAUAAUAGACACAGCGAUGAUGAUGACGAGGACCAGCUGACACAUAGCCAGCUUUACUUUUUUAUGUGUUGGUGGUUUUCAAAAAAAGAAAAGUGAUAUACCUGUGCCGAGGAAAAUAUGAGUCCGAUAAAGGACUGAUAUAACGACAAUUGUGUGCGCAGAAUCCAGACGAGAAAAGCUUAACUGCAUCUAUUCGCCACGCGCGUGCUGGGGAAAAGAACUACCAACGAAAGAAAUAGGGACCCAUGCCAUGAAAAUUCCGUACAUAUCGUCGGAGAUCGGAGGGUGAACGUUCAGUGGCAUUUUCUCAACCGAAAGGGAACACGAAAAUGAUGUCACAUGGCAUCAUUGAAAAUGGUGAAUUGGACCUGUCGCAGACGAUGUAUCCGGACGGAUUACUGACACUCCACUACGGCAAACACCCGGCAACCUUAGCCGCGGAAGUUGGCGCCUGGUAUACGGGUGAUCGUCACGUCGACGUUACCCUCGCCUGCGACGACGGUUCAGUCGUACGCGCGCACAGGGUUGUACUCGCGGCUGCUAGUCCGUUAUUGGCUAGUCUACUUCGAAAUCCAGCCCUUGAUCAUGUCGUUCAUUUGUCAGGUGUCAGGAAGACCCAACUUAGCCAUCUUUUAGAGUUUCUAUACAAUGGCGAAGCUCUCAUACCUUCAACGGAGUUGACACCGUUGCGAGAAUUAUUUGAGCUUCUGCAAAUAAAAUCGGAACUGUUCGAGCCAAGCCAGUCACAAGGUUCAACUAGUUCUGAAAUCGAAAGGAUACCCACACCGCAGCCUUCUGAGGAAGGCCAAGAAAGUUCGAGUUACGAAUCACAAUAUGACAGCAGGCAAUCGAAUAAUCCAGCAGAGUGCUGCUCGGUGCUCAUAAAAACAGAAGAAGGAUGCGAGGAUGACGAAGACGAAGCCGAGGCUGAGGUCGAUGUCGAGGGUGUUGAAAGUGCCGACGGUGAGAAUACGCAACAUUCGGACAAUCGCGAAGGCAGCAUUGAACCUCCAAGGCGGAGGGAUAGUUCUGAUCCUGUAAAUCUUAGCAUCAAUUCCGGGGCGUCAACGACGAGCGAUAGUUCGCACGACAUCGUGCACAGGCUCGAGUCGUCGUUGAGAAGUUGCCUCGAUGACAGUGGGAAGUACAGGGAGAAUAAUAGUGAAACUGCGUCGCAGUCGAGGGAACAAUCGGGAGAGUCGAGGGACCAACGAGAUCAACAAAGGCCUAACUUUCGACAUGACAAAGCAGCAUUGGAAAGACGAGAGUCACUGGACGAGGAGGAGCGUCGACAAUUGGCAGCGAGGUUGGCAUUGGGUUUGGAGACAGCCAAGAGAAAACCCGAGGAUAUUCCAAUGCACGGAGCAGAAGCUUACGUUGUGACGCCACAUCGUAAGCGAAGACCAGGAUUUCACAAUGCACCUGCGCAAAACCCAGCAUUCGUACCGUUCAAUCCGGGAUUUGAAGCGGUCAGACGAUUGCAAGCGCCACAUCACGCGCUCAGUGUUUCUGCGCCCCCCUUUCCUGAUCGGUCAAUGACCCCACCAAUGAUUAGCCACCGACCUCCAUCAGCCGAUGCAACUGCUGGAGCAUUAGAACCACCGUGGGGUGCAUGGACAAUACCAGCAUCACGAGCACCAGCCGCACCAUCAUCCGAGGACAGUCCAAAGUCGACGCCAGUACGCGAGUACCGAUGCACCUACUGCGGCAAGCAGUUUGGCAUGUCGUGGAAUUUGAAAACUCAUCUACGCGUUCACACCGGCGAAAAGCCGUUUGCGUGUCGACUUUGCGUGGCGAUGUUCAAGCAAAAAGCUCACCUCUUGAAACAUUUAUGCUCGGUACAUCGAGGUGUAAUUGCCACUGCUGACAAUACAUUCACGUGCUGCUUUUGCCAAUUGAAUUUUGAGAGCCAAUCGGAGCUAAUAAGGCACCUGUCAGGUCCCCACAAUAGUCUACUACUGAGCAAGAACUUACACGAGUACCAGAGCAGCUAGAGGCAACUAACAAUUGGGAUCUCGAAUAGUAAUUGGUCGUUGAUGCUACCACGUUGUUUAACGACAGCGGAUGUGAUAAUGUGUUCGAUCCCCACGUUCGUGAUAAUAUAUAUCUAUAAAGGAGCUAACCGUCAAGUACACGAGGAGCACAUCGUACUCCCUACUCCCACCCAACUUGUGUACAAAUAUCCGAGAAUUUUUUUUAUUAGUACGAUGAUGUAAAUAUAAAUCGAGACUUCCCAAGCCCUUUGUUUGUUUGUUGAAAAUUUCUAUUGUCGAUCAGCGAGAGAAAAAAAAAACAAAUCGAUUGUUACAUUAUACAAUUGUACCGUCCGCACGAGAUCCCAUUGCUCGACCAUAUGGACAGUAGAUUGCUGGAUCUUAUACCUUAAUGCAGCCUAACGAUAUAGUUGAUAAUUAUAGACACGGCAACACACGGAAACUUUCAUACAUACACAACACACAUUCUGCUGUAUAUAGUGUUAAAUAGCGACGAGCGUUGUUAUAUUUAUUGAAGAUUAAAAAAAGAAAUGCAAUGGGACCAAGCGAUUUUCCACCGAGAGAACCUCUGCCUGCAAUCCACUCGAAAAUUAUAACAUAGAAAAUACACACCCGCACACACACGCACACACACAUGUACACACAAGAGAGAGUGCCUUAUUCAAUCUCAACAAUGAGUCCAAAAUUCCGCGGAGAAACGAUUGGGCAGUGAUUUCAUGUGUUCAUAGGCUUAAGCGUUCUAAUGUCUUUUUGAGACACAAACAAUUAAAACACAACAAAAGAAAAAAUAAUAAUAACGAGAGAGAGAAAACCGUUUUUUCUUCUUCUUCAUCUUAAUUCUUUAUGUAUCGUGGAAGCGUGGUGAUCUCUCUCUUUCUUCGAGAGGGCGAACAGCUGUCAAGAGAAUCAUAUAAAUAUAUAUAUAUAUAUAUAUAUAUAUAUUUUUUUUUUGUGUAAAAUGUCAGCUGACGAUGAAUAAAAUUAAAUAAUAAAUAAUUGAAACCAUUUUUGAUCAUUAAUCCAUUAUUAAUGGAUUAUUAUUAAUGGAUUGAUAGAACGUUAGUAGUUUAAAUUAUUUAUUAUAUAUAUUUUUGUAUUGACCAUUUUUCUGGCGGAGGAAUAAUGUGAAGUCGCGGAUGUAGGUAGUCGCCGAAUAAUUAAUUAAACAAAAAAGCGUGUGUAUCUCGUCAUCCGUGUAUAAAAUUUUUUUAUUGACGCGGGUCGUCGAAUUUGGUGCCUUUUCGUUGUUAUGUAGAUUUUCGGGCUCGACAUUCCCCCCUUUUAUGUGUACAAUAAACGACGAGAACAACAUGUAGUACCGCAACCUAAAAUAUGUAUGACGAAACAGUGACACCAAAGAUGUGCUUCUAUGUUUCCCUCCCCUUUCUUUUCUUUUCAAUCACGCUUCUACAGAUUUCUUUUAAUGUAAUAACCGUUUGUCCAUUUCUAUAUGGGCAAAGGCCAGCACAUACAUACAAACACAAUUUAACACGUAAAAUACACAGUGAACGCAAUGUGAUACUAAAUGAUAAUAAAUAAACAAAAGUAAUUAUUGUUUAGCUUGUGUACAUCACUGCGACGGCGAUAAGCGUAGCCUUCUCUCUCUGUCUAUCAUUUAAUUCCUUUUUCUCUCUCUUUCUCUCUCUCUCUCUCUCUCUCUCUCUUUCUUUCUCUCUCUCUCUCCCUCUUUCUUUUUUUCAAUUUUGCUCAACUUGGUUUUCCUUACUACCGAGAGAUCUUAUUCUUUUAUUUUUUCGACACCCUCCUUUAUGUAGUUUUUACCUUUAGACGAUAGAUGGAUAUAAAUAUCUGUAAUGAUGUAAGUAUUACCUUGUACGAUGCAAAAGCAGAACCCCCAUUAGUCUUGUAAGUGAAAGAGAAAAAAGUCCCUGUAUUUGUAAAUAUAAAGAAAAAGGAUGAUCGCAGGUCUUCGAGUAAAAUUGUACAUUCAUAAAAUGUAUAAUGAUGAUGAUAAGCAAAAACAAAAAUUGUAAAAGAGAACGACGAACGAGCGGGGAGGGCGAUCCUCUCGUUUAUAGUACAAAAAAUAUAAGAGCGUGCGAUGAGAAUUUAAUUUUCUUUGUUGUAUUGUAAGCACGCUGCGAGUAUUAGCAUCUUGUGUUUUCUUGUUUCAUUCUUUUUAAUCUUGUAAAGAUAUAAUUUUUGUCAAAAAUGCACGGAUGUUAUAAUAUAAAAAGAGAAUCUUUGAAAUUGCCUUUAAGGAGGAAAAAAAAGAAAAUUUUUUUUUUCAUGAUCUCGCGCGCGAGGAAUGCCACGCGCUGUUUCUCUCUCUUUCUGUCCUUCAUUAUUUUAUUUGUAGCUUUCCUUUUACAAAAGCCUUUCUAUCUUUCUAAAGCUAUUCUAUUUACUUUCUUUUCUCUCCUUCACCUUAAACGCGCGCGCAAAACACACGCACACACUCUCUCAUCGACGUGCCUCUUACUCUUUGCGGAAGUAUCUGGGUGAGACGACGACGACGAAAGACGGCGACGAAGAACAAGACACAAUUAAAUCGAUGAAUAAAUGAAAAAAGAAAAAAAGAAAAAGAGCAAUAGUUCGUAAGCAAACUCUUCCGACGAGCGGAGCGCGCGUUUCUCCGCACCCAAUGCUUUUUUAGUGUUCAUAGACUUAUGAGAAAUACAUUAAUUUUGAAAAAUUUUACUAUAUGACGUUAUAUUUAUUUAUCCCACGUCAUGGUUUAUAAGUAUAAUCAUUCGAUAAGAUAAUUGACCAAGUUUAAUAUUCCAAAAAGAAUAUUUCCAUUUUGACGAAAUCUCUUUUUCAUUGAUUUACUAAACAGUUACGAAAUUAGUUGCCGCGCUUGCCGUUUGAUAGUCGCGUUAAGUGUGAAUGUAUUAAAAUAAGGAUAAGGAAUAUAGUGGUUAUC